AUGGAAGUGAGCAGCGUCUUCGGAGGCAAGCGCGAGGGAGGGGCAAGCGAAGCUGAAAGGCACGGCAGGCACGAACAGCAAGGCGACGGUGUGGAGUUGGACGGUUUUGGCAACUGCCCACUUGCUGAUCUGAGAUGCGGUGGGAAACCAGGAAAGAAAAGGAAGGAGAAACAACAGGUGCAACGGCAAGAGCGGAAGGAAAAGAAGGAAGGACUAUGA